CGGCCGUCCAGCCGUGUCACGGGCACGCGGGUGAAGGGCGACACCGCGGGUCACGUGACCGCGCGCUCCGUCCGUGCGGGUAAAGGUGCGCGUGCGGGAUCGCGGCGCCCUGCGGCGAUUAUGAAGGACACCUCAGAGCAGUGAGUGUCUCGAUCUGUCCUGAGCCGAGCCGAGCCGAGCCGAGUCUUGUGCCACAGCGUGUACGGUCGUGGACACGGCGCGUGCAACAUCAUGUCCAUCAGUCGCAAGAACUGGUCCGCUCUGUCCAGCCUGACGCGGCAGUGGACGGUGGAAGAUGAGGAGGAGGUCGAGAGGGAGCGCAGGAGGAAGAUUCGUAGCCACAGCAGCACAGCGGAGCCCGAUGACAGCCCCUCGGAGGACUCAUCUCCAGCGGUGGCAGUCAGCAGUUCUCAGGACAGCCGCGACGCCCUGGAACAGGCCCAGGUGGACUUCAUAGAGAUGCUGCGGAUACGUGAUGAGAAGAGGAGAAGGAGGCAGGAGGAGGCACUGAGGCGACAGCGCCAGGAGGAGGACGCGCAGCAGGGCGAGGACCAGCGAGGUGUGGAGACAGGGCAGCCAAAACAAGCGGGCGGGGAGGAGGAGACUUGUGGGCGGAGCCAAGACACGCUCACCACCGAAGUGGUUUCCACCAUGGACAGCAAGGGGAGUGAGAACAGUGGAAGAUCUGAGUCCAAACAAGAAGAAAAGUUGGAAACCCCUGGAAAAGCGUCUCGGAAGUUUGUGAGCUCAUUAUCCGUAACGUUUGACAAGGGCCACAAGUCGCCCCCUGCUGGCAGCAGUACGGUCAGCUCUCCGUUGAGUCCCACAGGCUCCUUCAGGGCAGCAUCCCCUGAGCAGACAUCUGCUGACGUCAGAGAGAAUGGAGAUGCACAGGAGUCCCCACUUGCUUCACCUUCAGAGGGCUCCCUGGACAAAGGGCAGACGCCAUUCAAGAGGCAGAACUACAGGGCCUGGUCCUUCAGGCUGAUGAGAAAAAAAGAGGAGCAAAGUGUUCCUUUUCAGAGGAGUGCAAGUUUCAGGAAUUCCUCAAACAGCACAGAACACCUUAAGGCAGGACAGCAGAUCCCUAGUCAUGAAGAUGAUAAGCAGUCACCAUUUAAAAGAAACACCAGACAAAGGCUGUCUUCACGCAGCAUCCAGGAGACGAUGGAGAGGCUGGCACUAGCAGCACAGAAAUCGGAGAGUGUCAAAUCUCCCACGGCCCCCCAGAGGACCUUGUAUUUGGCAGAUGAGGUGUCCAGGAAACGGGAGCUGUUUGAGAAGGAGCAGGCGGAUGGGGAAUCAGACAGGGAUAACCAGUGUCUCAUAGCAGAGGCUAAUAUCAGGGAGCUAUGCUUCAUAUGCCCAUCACUUUAG